AUGGGCCCUAAUCAAGUUUUAACUAACUCAAACAACACUAUAGGAAAUAUUAGCCAUGAAAUAGGAGGAGAAAGUAUCUCGAAUUUGUCUGAUGUUGGACCUCAAGAGCAUCAUAAUAUAACAGUGGAAAAACUAGAUGAUGAGUGUUUAAAAGAUGGUUCUCAACAGAAUUCUGAGUUCCCUCCUGCUUAUACUAAUGCAAAAUGCAAACAAAACCAUGAAAACAUUAUGAUUCAUGCCAAAAUACAGAGUAAGAACACAAAUGAAUCAGUCAGACCUUCCACUAGGCCUGGUAAGGCAAACCAAAAAAUCGACCUGAAAACCCCAGUUGGGGAAAGAGCAAGCAGUUCUGGAAAGAAGACUAAAAGGAAAUUAGAUUACAAUAUACAGGUAACGCAUCCUAGCAUCAAAGAGAGAACGAAAGUGUCAAUUGUUUCUCCAGAAUUAUUGAGAAGACUACUUUUACCUUCCCUAGAUUUCUGGAGCAACCAAAAGACAGUUUAUGAUGCGGUUCGUGAUAUCUUCCUGCCUCAUACAUGGUUUCAAUUCAAGUUUGCAAGUUGA